AUGCCUGAACCAGGGGCGGUGAGCUUGUUGGCAGCCAAGCGGCUGAGGUUGACGUGCCUGAUGAAGACUGACGACCAAGUGAAAUGGGAGGCAUUGAAGAAAUUCAAGGCCAUUGUACUUGACGAUCCUGAUGGUAGCAAGCUUGGACGUUGCCUGGUGUCUGCAGUCCGCUUUUUACAAAGUGAACAGCAAUGGGAAUGUUCUUUCAACGAUGCUUUUGAGGGCAAGUCAACAGCAACAUUAGUCAAGAGGUCAGCAUCACUGUGGCGCUUCAAAUCGUGGUGUGAAGAUAAUAGAAUGGGGGCCAUCAUUAGUUCUUCUGAGAGUACUGUGUACAGGUACAUGCAGUUUUUGAAGGAACACGGAGCACCGACGACAGCGACCAGCUUUCUUCAAGCAUGGACCUUCCUGCACCAUCAGAUUGGACUGCUAGGCUACCCACUUGAGGAUAUUCUUUCAUCACGAGUGCGGGGCGCUGCGCGGGCAAUGAUGAGUGAGAAACGUGUCUUGCAACAGGCGGCGCCUUUGUCAGUGAAGAUGAUUGUGGCUUUGGAGAAUGUGGCCAACUUUGCUCCCUACCCACAUCGGAGGAUCAUUGCAGGACAUUUUCUUUUGUGUAUGGGCAGUUCACGUUUUGGUGAUUCAAUCCAUCUUCACAAGCUUGAGGUGACCUUCCACGAAUCUCUUGAGUUGGUUGAAGCUGAAUCCAAAUCGUUCAAAACUGGCCUCACCGAAGAGCGCAAGAAGAGCCUCCUUCCAUUGCUCAGCCUGGGACGCUUCCUUGGGGGGCAAGCUUGGGCAUCCAAAUGGAUUGAGGAGAGGCAGAAAGCUCAGCUGGGUUUGGAUCCAUCAUUGCCGGCUUAUUCAGAGAUCAGCAACACGUGGUUGGACAGGCGAGAUCUCAUUGGCCGCUACAAUGCACAGGUUGCAUCUGGAGAGCGUGAUCUCUUACUGGACAGUGCCAACCCCGCCGGUAGCCUGGCCCUCAUCCAGUGGAAGCUUGCCGAGAGGACGCAAGGAGCUUUGACCCAACGCCCUGAUGGAACGAAGCCCACGCAAGUGGUCUUCAACGAGUGCAUGAAUCAUCCCGAGGUGCAGUUUUGUUUGAUCCCUAGGGUGAAGGUCGCCAAAGCUGAUCCCCCAUCGCUGUCUAGUGUCCAACCGAAUGCACGCAACAAGCCCAAAGGCAAAGGUCUUGGAAAAGUGCGCAAUGAGUUCAACAAGGAUCCCAAACAGCAAGCAUUGCCCGAAGGCUGCAACCAGACGACACCACAGAACAAACCCAUUUGUAACACCUUCAACCGUGGCAAAUGUACCUUUGCUAAGGAGGGCAAGCGAUGCAAGUUCGGUUUCCAUGGUGAUGAGCCAGGCGGGAAACGACCUCGCUUGGAAACAAACGAGAUUCCUUUGUCCAGGAGGCUGCCAAUUUUUCCAGAUGCACAGCAUUCAUCCAGAGCCAUUUUUUGUGAAGUUUUUGCAGGCUGUGGCCGACUUAGUCGAUUUGCUCAGCUUGCCGGUUUUGCAACGCUAGCUAUAGAUGGGCCUAGGAACCAGCAUUUGCCCGAAAGCCCCAUCUUGAAUUUAGAUUUGGUUGAAAAGCCAAUGCAGGACUGUUUACUCCGAGUGGUAUCAGACAUCAAACCAGCUUUUAUUCAUGUGGCCAUCCCGUGCGGCACAGGAAGUCGUGCUCGAGAGAAGCCAAUCCCUAGACACUUGAAACAAGCCGGAGCCCCAGAACCGAGACAGCUCCGUGAUAAGAAUUUCUUAUUGGGAUUCCCUGACCUUUCUCCAAACGAGCGCGCACGGGUCGAAGCCGCGAAUGAGCUUGCGCGUUUUACAAUCCAACUCUUUUCCGUGGCAGUUGCACAAGGCACCAUCGUAUGCAUCGAAAAUCCAUUGAACUCAUGGAUGUGGGGUGUUCUCACGCACUUUGCCAACACAUUGCUGCCUCAGAACCAGGCAAUCGUUUGGCACGCCAUGCGCAACAUUGAGGGGGACAUCUUCGGGGAGGAAGAUAAGCUAAAUGGAGUUGCAGACGAUGAAAGCAUGCAAUCCGGUGUUUACCAUACCCCAAGCCAGUUUGUCAGUCUUGCGCAGAUGGCGAGACAUCCGUGUGAUCAUUUGUUUUCAGUUGAAGACAAUACACGUGAUAACCUGUUCGACUUCUUGACAAAGGGGCCAAACUAUAUUGCAAAGCAGAGGAUUGAGUUUGCCAGACGAGUUGCGAUUAUGGCAAAGGAGUUGCAGCCCGAAGAAGAUCGGUUUUUCUCCACCUUGCCUAUGCACGCCCAAUCGGUACUUAGAGGCAAGAGGUUGUUGCUAUUCCGUGAACUUUUGAAGCAGUGUGGGUGCCCAGACUUGGAACCUGCCAAUUUGAUUUUGGGCACGGAUUUGGUAGGUACGCCAAGCAAGUCACCUCUGUUUGACACCAAGAUCAAACCAGCAACUUGGACGCCUGAGUAUGCACUCCUCACUUCGACUUGGCAGAGGAAGAAGAUGGAGGCCAAGAAUAUUCAUGGUGACGAUCCCGAACUCUCAGUGUUGCUUUGGGACACCACCUUGAAGGAAGUUGAGCUAGGGUUUCUAGAGGGGCCGUUUAACGACUUGGAGCAGGUUCGGAAAGUUGUGGGCCAACAGCUUUUUGUAUGUAGUCGCAGGUUCGUGAUUGUCCAAUCUGGCAAGCCUAGGGUGAUUGACGACUUCAAGGAGAGCGGCGUAAAUCGAACUUAUACUGCGAUCGAUAAACUUGCUUUACAUGACAUCGAUUACAUUGCUUCUCUAGCCCACCUAAUCUCCACCACCCUAAGUAGAGCCAAAGCGAAUGGUGGCCGGGUUGUAAUACCUAGGAACGACGGUAGGACUCUUGAAGGUAGCUUGCAUCCGAGCUUUGAGGGCAGCAUUGGGUGGCAGGGCCGGUGCGUCGACUUGUCUAAGGCAUAUAAACAGGUGCCAGUAAGUAGCGAGUCUCGGUGCUUUGCUGUCUUGAUGGUGCAUCAUCCCCAGACAGGUGAACCCACCUACUUCGUGAGCAGAAGCCUGCCUUUUGGAGCGAGUGCAAGUGUUUACGCCUUUAAUCGCAUUUCCCGAAGUUUGCAUCACUUGUCGACCGUUGGUUGCAGAAUCUUGGGAGGGGUCUUUUAUGAUGAUUUCCCGUUGCUUGAGCCUGAGAGCACUUGCACCUUGGCUUCCCACUCGUUCGAAGGAAUGGUGAGGAGCCUAGGGUGGUCUUUCACUGCAGACCCAUCCAAAGUUGUCCCAUUUGCACCUUGCUUUGAUGUCCUAGGGGUUAGGCUUUCCUUGGGCGAUCUUGGAGAGCAUGGUUUCAACUUGGGCAACAAACCUUCCAGGAUUGAGAAAAUCACCGGUUUGCUUGAAGAGGUCAUAAAGAAGGGGUCCAUUAACGUUAGGCAAUCGCAGGUCAUCCAUGGCAACUUGAACUUCGCAAUGGGCUUUUUCUUGGGGCACUCCCUUAAGAUAGCGGCCCGUGCCUUUGCGUUCUUGUCGACAGGGAACUCAAGAUGCCGUAAGGACGACUUGGUGGCAGUAUGUAAGUGGACCAUUGAUGUGAUGGCUACUGUGCAGCCCAAGCACAUCCUGCCUGGUGACGAAACGCGGUCAGUGGUGGUUUUCACCGACGCUGCCUAUGAAAAUGACGUUGCGACCUGGGGCAUUGUCGUCUUGGAUGCCGCAUCCGGCUUGCGCACCUCUGUUGGAGGCAUAGUGCCCAAGCAGUCGGUUGAUGCUUGGCACACAUUCGGUGUGGAGCAGGUCAUAACGUUGGCUGAGGCUUUCGCUGUCCUGCUGGCCCGUCACAUGUUCAGGUCCUUUUUGCUCAGGCGUAAGGUCUUGUUUUUUGUUGACAAUGAGGGAGCUCGAUUUAGCUUGAUCAAGGCUAGCAGUGCCUCGUUGCCUUUGCUCCUCAUCGUGCAGUUGUUCCAUUCUUGCCCAGAAUACGACUUGUGUGUGCCUUGGAUCGAGAGGGUUCCUUCCCCCUCCAACAUUGCUGACUUGCCGAGUAGGGAUAAGAACGAUGAUGCCUUGCGAAUGAUAGAUGGUACGCCUUGGAGUGAUCUAUCGUCGGUUGAUGAAGUAUCUAAGCUAUGCGCUGAUUUUUCCGGUAUGCCUGCGCUCCUUAAGUUCGUUGAACCAACCUUCGAUGAUAGCCACCUUUAA